AUGACACGCCUCGAGCGCAGUUCCUACAAACGACUCAUUGUCUGCUGCGAUGGAACCUGGCAAGACUCCACAGCCGACUCUGCGGACCCGCCGUCCAACGUGACCCGGUUGAGUCGAACACUCAGUCAGACAGCGAUCGUGGAGGAGAAUGGUGUCAGGAAAGAAGUCCCGCAGAUCGUCUACUAUCAAAAGGGGGUUGGCACCGGCCUAGGUGACAAAUACAUGGGCGUUGUUGGCCUCCCACUGACAAGGGUUGUGUUUCGGUCACCAGGCGUCACCGGACUAGGCGUGAGCGCCAACGUCCGUGCGGCAUACGGCUUCCUGACCGACAACUACACCGAGGGCGACGAGAUCUUCUUCUUCGGCUUCUCCCGUGGCGCCUACACCGCGCGCGCGAUCGCGGGACUCGUCUGCCGCUGGGGACUGCUCACGCACCGCGGCAUGGACAACUUCACCAAUGUGUACGACGACUUCUACGAGAAGCAGGUCCCCGACUACACGCCCGAGGAACGACGCCGGCUGGGGUUCCGGGAAGAGCUGCCGCCCUUCACCGUCAAGAUCAUCGGCGUCUGGGACACGGUGGGGUUCCAGAAGGCCUGGCUCGGCAAGGACCUGGGCGAGCGCCUGGAACUCCGGAAUACCUACCUGCUCCCGAACGUCAAAUAUGCCUUCCACGCUCUGGCGCUGGACGAAGAGCGCACCGCCUACUCCCCGAUCCUCUGGCAUGUGCCGCGCCCGAACCCCGGCCAGGAGCUUCUCCAGGUCUGGUUUUCCGGCGUCCACACCGACGUCGGGGGCGGCGGGAAGGACCCCCACCUGGCGAACAUCUCCCUGGCGUGGAUGAUCACUCAGUGUAUGAAGGACGGCCAGCUGAGCUUCGAUAUCGACGAGUAUCUCUUUGACGUGCCCCCGCGGGUGGCGGAGAGCGACCUCGCUCCGUGGGCGACCAGUCAAGGCAAGUCCGACACGGCGAGUCUGGUCCGCACGCUGGAGGGCGUAUUCGGGGGCACCUCGCACCGGACGCCGCUCGGAUAUAACCCCAAGGGCGAGGAAGGCGACUUCACCGGGGAAUACAUCCACGAGUCGAUCAAUGAUCGCAAGCUGCGCGGCUGGAGCUGGCCCUGUGCUCCCCUGAAAGGGAAGAGGGACAAUGAUACUUGGACCCUGGCGGACUCAAAGACAAUUCUGGAGAUUCGCGCAUUGGAGAGAGAAAGGCCGGACGGGACUAUUUUGAGCCCCCCAUCUUUAAAGACAAAGAGUUUGCGAGACAUUGGGAUUGCACUUCUAUCAGGUGUGGAGGAUGACUGGGAAGUCAAGAGCGUCCCUUACCCGGGGCCAGUGCUCGAUGUCCACGUGAUCGGAUUGAUAAGAAAUUCAACCAUGGAAAAGAGCAUAUUCAUUCGUAGCUGUGAUGCCUCGUCAUUCGUCCCACUAGGCGGAUCGAACUAG